GACCGCCGCCUGCAUCGUGGGGCCCAACUCCUGCGGCAAGUCCUCGGUGCUGGACGCGAUUCGGUUCGUGCUGCUCAAGAGCGAGGAGGACGAGCUCCCCCAGUUCAUCCAGCAGGGCGAGCCGGAGCGGGGCAUGGUCGCGCGCGUCGGCGCGCACUUCGAGCUCCCGGGGAGGCCCGGGGUCCUGCUGCUGCGCCGCGAGGCGGUGCGAGCGGAGCAGGGCAGGUGCGAGAGCCGCUUCUGGCUGGGCGAUCCGGAGCAGGCAGUGGAGCAGGUCUCCCGUGCGUCGUACGCCGCCUGGAUCGCCGAGGCGCUGCUGUGGGCCGACGGCGGCCUGCUGCUGCGGCAGUUCGGGCUGAUCCGGGAGAGCAGCGCGGCCGAGCUGCUGAGGCAGCUGCCUGGCAUGCUGGACAAGCUGCAGUCCCAGGCCGAGGCGACUGGCGGAGGCAGCGCGCCCUCGCUGCUCAAGCGCCGCGGCUCCGGCACGCAGCUGCCGCGGCGGCGCGAGGCCCGUGCCGAGGGCCUGGUCACCUCGGCGGUCGCAGCGGAGGCGUGGGUAGCCAGGCGCGUCGACGAGGUCUUCCGCGAGCUCACGCGGAGGCCGCUCGACGAGGACAUGGAGGAGGAGGAGGAGGAGGAGCCCCCAGGCGUGCCUGCGGCGCGCCGAGAACGGGGCCUUCGCGCUCUUCGUGUCGGAGCAGCGCGGGGCGGCGGCGAGCGGAUACGGGAAGGAGCUGCCGCGGCUCUCCGACGGGCUCCGGGACGUGUGCGCGCUGGCGCUGGGCCUGGCGCUGCCGGGCCUGCCCGCCGGGCUGCGGGACUCCCUGCCGCCGUUCGUCGUGCUGGACGAGCCGGACUCGCACAUGGACAAGCAACAUGCACGUGCACUGCUGCGAUUCCUGUCGGGCUCCAAAGGCCCUCAGCACUGCAUUCUGCUCAGUCUCAACAACCACGCGGCCUUCGACGACUGCGCCAUUCGCAUGUAGAGCCGCGAGGUCUAUAG